AUGUGUCGCCGCCGACGUGGUCGUGCGGUUCUUCCCUCGUCCAUCCAUAACCGUUUGGAGGUCUUAUGGGAGGCUUCUUUCUGCAUAUUGAAAGAGUGUUUCAUCAAUGCACAAUACCAUGUCAAAUCUCAUGGCAUAAUGCCCGAACUCGAUGAUGGUCGGCUACCCAUCCGCAUAGUGGAACAAUCGCUAUACCCCCCUUUUGAACACUGCCCAAAGUGCUCAAGGACGCGACCUAUGCGAGCGAAGUCAUUGUUCGGAUACCUAUACGACGUUGAUGGAUGCCAUACGAUUGAACACUUUUACCUCUACUGUCAACCUUGCAGGACGAGUUAUCACGUCAGCUAUUCAAUUUACAAUGAAGAACGAACGUUCUAUACAACAUCUGAAGGCAGGAACCCCGAAGUCUUCCAAGUUCAUACGCAUUACUUCAUGACUCACCGCUUGGCACAUCAUUUCAAGAUGAGCCAAAUGCUACAACGCAUUGUCAAUUUGUACAACUCAACCUUCAUGGGGUCCCACACCCCUCCGUUGUUCACUUCCCAGCAGGCCUUCUUUCCUCGAAUGUCUGCCGAAGUUUGCAAAGACGGAAUGGGCAUUGAUACAUUGCUUUUCAAUUACUCUUCAAGGAGUAAAGUGCUCGUGGUCCCAGAUUCCGGACUAGACCGUGUCCGUUACAACGAGGCGAAGAAAGAAUGUACCUCCUGGAUAGCCGCGGAAGGGACUGCCCACAAGAAUCAUGCUUGCAGUCUUUGUACAUGUAUCACUUAUUCCGAAGAGUACAACAAACACUCAGUUGUUUGUGCUGUUGUGACCGAUGGUUUGACCAUCGGCCACUGGAGAUGCAGUGCUUCUGCAUCUCAGCUGGAAAUGUUGGCCAAAGAUUUCGGCCACCCAGCACCAGAUGGCCCUUGUCGAAGGACUUUAGAUACAGCUCAGCCUUGCACCCAACCAGCGCUUGCAAAUAAGAGGACAUGUGGCCUUCAAUCUCACCAAGAGGCUGCCAAAACUUUUUCCACUCGAGUUAAUUCAAACUUCCAGCUUCACUCUAUGUUAAAUCGACCAGGUUCAAACCUCAACUUGGAUCCCUCUGUCCAUCUGGAAGACGAGUCUGGUGAAAUUCAAGAUUUGGAAUCAUUGCAGCAAGCCGAUGAAUCAGACCGAGUUGAAGAAAGCCAAAGAUCCGGCGAAGAGGGCAGUACCAAAAAACCAACCCUUUCAAGAGCACGAACUCACAAUGAUCAACUUGUGGUGGCUCCUUGUGGUGUCAUACUUGCCCGCCAAACGAUGUUUAAUUCGGAGUCACCAAGUGCCGUUAAAAUACCUUCCCAACCCGCAUGCCUGAAGUCAUUUUAUACGAUAAUGCGUGCAAGUUAUUAG